AAUAUAGUACAAUCAGUAUACGAAAUCAGCUAAUCAAAAAAAUUUAACUUAAUUCAAAAUAAUAAAAAAGAAAACAAAGAAAAAAAGAGAGUUAAAAUAACAAUUAAAUUGAAUGAAUCGCUUUAAGUGUUGAAGACAUUAAAAUAAUACAAAUUAUUCAGUGUGCUGCGCGAAUAAGAGUAAAUCGUAGUGACAACUGCGCUGAUUGGCAAUAUUACAAGACUUACUAUUGUUUCGCCGGCUUUGGUAAUCAUUUUUUCCACAAUCCUUUAAUUUAUUAUCAUCAAAUACCUUGCUACUGUUUGAGUGGGAUAACAUAUGUAAACGAAUAUACGCAAAUAGUCAAAAUGCAACGCAAAAUGUCUGCAGCGAGUUCAAAACCGCAAACUUCGGCUGAAUCGUUUUGUCGCCGUUCACGGGCUCCUCCCCGUCGUACUGAACGACCUACGUUGCGUAAUUUGAAUCCAAUAUUUCGUAAACGGGAACCCUCGGAAGAUAAUACAAUAUUAACGGAAAAAUUAUUGAAAUUAGCCCGUCUGAGGGGCGAAUUAAAUUUGUCCAGCCGUGCUUUAGCUACUGUGCCAGAAAAAGUUUAUGAAAUCAAUGAGCCGGACGAGAGUGUAGAGGUCACACUAGAUGGAUUAGUGGCUAAAGAGGAAGAUGCCUGGUGGAACCAAGUACCAAUACGUAAUUUAGAUUUAAGCUCAAAUCAAUUAACUCACCUUUCGCCGAAAAUUGAAAAACUUAACACUUUGAAUGCGUUAAUGCUUCAUGACAACGCUUUAACUUCCUUACCUAGGGAAAUCGCUCAAUUAGAAAGACUCUUACGAUUGAAUUUAAGUCAUAAUAAAUUGUGUGAGCUACCACAUGAGCUUUUCAGAUUACCUAACUUACGUUAUUUGAAUUUAUCGCACAAUGAAUUCGUGGAACUUCAUCCGGAUAUCAGCGAUUUGCAUAUGCUAGAGGUUUUGGAUGUAUCGAAUAAUCAAUUAAAAUCGUUACCUCGUGGCGUUGGUUUUCUGGUGCGUUUAACAACGCUUUCAUUGGCCCAUAACAAAAUAAGAGAACUACCCAAUGACGUGGUCGAUAUGCGUUCUUUACAGAAAUUGGAUUUAAUGAACAACGACUUGUUGUCAUUGCCUGAGGAUAUGGGCAGUUUGCGCAAACUUCAAUGUUUAUAUGCUCAGCACAAUGACAUAACGGUCCUGCCCCAUUUCGAAGGCUGCGAUCUCCAAGAGUUACAUGUAUCUAAUAAUUUCAUAGAGAGACUUCCGAAGCGUCUAUGCUCCUCGUCGCCACAUUUGAAAAUAUUGGACUUACGUGAUAACAAAAUUGCUGAACUGCCCGAUGAAAUUGGUCAUUUGCAAAGUCUUAUACGUUUAGAUUUAUCUAAUAAUUCGAUAACAAAUUUACCUUACUCGCUGUCCACGUUACCUCACUUGACUAGUUUGCAAGUUGAAGGGAAUCCCAUUAAAAGUAUACAACGUCACAUUCUCCAGUGCGGGACUGUUCGUAUAUUGAAAACGUUACGUGAUCGCGCGGAGAGCGCUGAAAUCUCAAGUAAAAGUUCAAAUUCUUCGCUUUUACAAAAUUUCGAUAAUCGCGCUAUGGGCGGAGACGGUUUGAAUAGCCCACGACGUCAGCCGGUAGACGAAGAUUCCAUCUUUCCGGAUAGAUAUAAAAUGCGUAAAACUCGUUGCCUAGCAGUUACUAUGCAACAAUUAAACGAUGUUCCGGGUGAAGUUUUCGAAGCCGCUGCCGACGAGAAUGUAAAUCUCGUGGAUUUCUCACGUAAUCGCUUAACGACUCUGCCCUUAGGUCUGCUCGCCAUGAAAGAUGUGGCCACAGAAAUAAUAUUUGCCAAUAAUUUAAUAAGUUAUGUGCCUCCGUUUAUAUCGCAGUUUACACGCAUAACUUUGAUCAACUUCUCUUGCAACAAUCUCAGCACUUUACCACAAGAAUUUGGAGUUUUAGUUACCAUGCGUGAAUUAAACAUCUCAAACAAUCGUUUUGAGUAUCUGCCCAGUUGUAUAUUCGAACUGAAAAGUUUAGAAAUAUUGUUAGCGCGAGAUAAUCGAAUUAAAGGCAUUGAUGCUACAAUAAAUGGUUUGGGUUCUUUGCAACGUUUGGCCACACUCGAUUUACGCAACAAUGAUAUCGAACAAGUUCCGCCGAUAUUAGGAAAUCUAAUAAAUAUAACCACUUUGGACAUAAUUGGUAAUCCAUUUAAAUUACCACGGCAUCAGACCUUGGAGAAAGGCACCGAAGCAAUAAUGUCAUAUUUGCGUGACCGUAUUCCGACCUAAUGGGGAAAAAGGCGUGCGAAGCUAUAUAGCAUAAAUUGAAUUAAUAUUGAAGUUAAAGGCGCACGCGCAGCGAGCGAGCCCAUAUAAAAUCUAAUCAUCCUCUAGCACCGUAAAAAUACAUUUAAAAGAAAAUUUUCUUUCAAUUUGCUUUAAAUUUGAGAAAAA